UGGUACGAAUACAGGAGAGGAAAGAGGACAUUUUCGUUUCGGGAUCCGUGUAAGUUGAACGCGUUUUCUGCGGAGAGAGGAUCGUCUCCCGCUCGUUAACAUAAGAAAGUUAGCCGAUCGAUCGUUGAGGAAGAGCUAGAAGAGGUGGAGGAGGAAGAAGAGACGAAAAAAAACGAGGAAAUACGCUUCCUACCGAUCAAUUUGUUAGAAAAAUUGAGAGAUCACGAGAAAGGCGCUUAUAGAGACGCUUCGAUUUUACCGGUGGUGCGCCAGUGACAUUUGGUACGGUGUUAUCGACGAAACGGACGUGGCAACGUUGCAUCGAACACUCGCACAUCACGAGCACGCACACAUAUACAGAAAGCAGAAGGGGACUCGGAGCUGUCGAGCUGGCUGGCUGGCUAGCAGGCAGACAGACAGGCAAGCGAGCGAACGAACGAGCGAUAGAACGAGCAAGAGGCUUUCUUGUUUCGAGGACGGUGCUUCUGCUCACGCUGUCUUUCUUUUCUUUCUACCUCCAUUGCUCUUGCUUUUCUCUUCUUUUUCCUCUCCCCAUCGUGAUCGUUCAACCGUGCGCGCACGCUCUGUCCUUUUUCUUUCUACUGUUCUUCCUCUCUCUCUCUUUCUAACCCCACCACGUCUUACUGUCUCCUCUUUUCCUCCUAAUUCUCUCUCUCUUUCUCUCUUACGCGGCAUCUUUUACGCAUCACUACCGUUCAGAACUUCUUCCUCCCUUUCCUUUACUUCAGGUUGUCUCUCUCUCUCUCUCUCUCUCACUCACUCACUCUCUCUUUCCCCUACCCGUAACCAAAAGCGACUCGGGCGAGUCCAUUACGCUUUUGAGGGGAGUUCGGUAGACUUCGGCUCUAGUCGGCCUCGAUCCGCAGAAUGUGUUAGACGGUCCAAGUUGGACGCUCCAGUUUUCCGCAUUCAUACUCGCCAUUCUGUGAUCACGGAUAUUGUCGAACUAUCUUUGAUCCAUUGUUCGAUUAUCCAUCGAUCGACCAAUCUCCGAUAGACACUCAAUUUUCCUGAUCCGUUUGAGACGCAUUCGAUCAGCGUAUAUCCAUGCGACGGCCAUGUUUGGUGUUUACGAGGCGAGGGAAAAUUGCUGACGUCACGAACCCCGAUCUCGCCCGAAGGGAGCAGCAGCAGCAGCAGUAGUAGCGGCGGCGGCGCGACAACCGCGGCAGCGGUGGCGACAGCGCCAGUAACAGUAACAGAUUACGAAUGAAACAAGUAAUAACGACAUCGACAACGGGAGAAAGAGCAAGACGAAACAUACAAGUACUGGAAUAAAAACGUUUUUACCGUUCGAAUCCAGGAUAAAUAACGUGAGUCUUCAGCCAGCAGUUGCGAGAGAUAGUGAAAGGAGAUUCGGUGCACGGAAUAACGAAAGUUGUUACGUCAAUUAAGAAAAAGAAAAACAGAACUAAAGACCAAAAUAAUUUUAUACCGAACUAUACAAGUGGAUCAUUAAAGUGACACAAGUAACUCAUCAAAAAGGCACGAUUUACCGCGUUAAAUUCGCUUCUCGAUGAGACGUGCGCGUAGGUCAUCCUCGCUCGUCUCCGCCGGUCUUACCGGAACUAUCGGACAUUUCGAAAAACAUUGGUCGUUGUGGCAGCACGCCGUUGUAUUAGCGAGCCAACCGUGAACUGUCGUUCGGUCGCCAUCACCAUUGCUGCCGCUGCCACCACCACCACCACCACCGCCACCGCCACCGCCACCGCCAUCGCCAUCGCCAUCGCCAUUACCACCGCCACUACCAUUACCAUACCGCUCUCUUAGUAGCCGUGAUACACACGACCAGUGCGAAAAACAUUGUGCAAUGCUGAAUAGUGCCCUCGUAGUAAUCGCGGUUAUACACCGAACGGAACGCGUCGAUACAAACCACUUCUUACAUACGACAAUCGACCGUCGUGAAGAAAAAUGUUUCUAACGUAUGAAAUGUUUUCGGAACCAUUUUAAAAUCUGUUUUCUUUAAUUGUUCCCGUAUUGAAGCGCAUUUAUUUUAAUCGUCUCAAUUGCAGUUUUUUCAUCUACUACAUUUGAUCCCCAGGAUAUCCUUAUGACUGUGAAAGAAAUAAAUUUGGUGCAUCUCGAUGUCGCUAUCAUCCAUAUUUUCCUCUUUACCGUUGUCAUUGUCGUCGAGUAUUACGUACAACGGUAGCGAGAAAUCUCUACGAACGAUGAUGAUGAUUUAUUCGUUACGCGCGUGAAACUUCUCUGCGCGUUACGUGUUUUCUCUUUUUCGUGCACACGUUCGUCCGUGUGUGUCAGUGUGAAUACGUCUGUUUUUCUGGUGCGUGAUUCUAUGGUACACAGGUUCCGCUGCAUACAAUCUGUGUGUUUGCAGCGACACCAUUUUUUUAACGUAUUAGUGUCACUGGUGCGUAUGAUCGGCGAUCGUGGACGGUGUACAAAACCGUCGUCAAAGUGCAUCGCCUCUCCGUUGAGGACGAAGACGACGACACAGUGACCACGAACAGUACAUAGGUGUCAUGGAUCUCGGUGACAGGGUUUACGCCGCCGAGCGGAUCACGAAGAAGAGGGAAAGGCGGGGAAAGGUGGAAUAUUUUGUUAAAUGGAAAGGAUGGAGUAAAAAAUAUAAUACAUGGGAACCAGAGGAAAAUAUUUUAGACGUGAGGCUGAUCGAAUUGUACGAGGAGAGUUUAAAAAGCGGAGAUGUAUCUACGAGAAGGCCAAGGCGAAGGGAUACAAGAUACAAUGAGCAAGUAUUGGCCAAUCUCGUGGUUGUCGAAGAACCUGGUGGAGACGAAAGAGUAGGAGAAGAUAGUCAGGACGAGUCAACGACGGGUAGCACAUCUGCACCGCAUUUGAAUCAUGUCACUCCCGAUGAGGACACGUUACCCAGUUCGUUAGAUGGACAAGAAUCUCCUACACCACCUGAGUUAUUGGCAUCAACGUUCAGUGUUGACUCGGACAGCUCGAACAGUAGCGUUGAUAUAACCUUACUUCCAAGGAGAGAACCAGCUGGUACCAAGAGAAAAGCUGAGGUUCUCAGUAAGGAGUCUGGAAAAAUUGGCGUUACAAUUACUACGAGCAGUCCAAGCAGUGGCAGUAGUAGUAGUCCGCCACCGAAUAAAAUACCACGUUUAUUGCCAUUAAAAAGCAAUUCACCGUCGUCUUAUCAUGGACACAAAGUAAACGGUAGAAGACCAUCAUCCUCGAGCGUGAAAUCCACACCCGAAGAGCCAUUACCAGCAGUGCCAACGACAUUGGCCCCGCCGGUACAAGACAAGAAACGACCGGAAGCAGACGUACCUCAUGGUCCACCACCCUCUUUACCUCGUACUCCAUCAACCGCUUCGCUAACUCCUCAAGUGGAUACACCUCUGGAUCAACCAGUGAAAAAGAGGCAUUUACCCGAACAAAAACAAGAAAAGACUAGCAAUUCCACGACAGUAGAUGCGAACGGUCACAAAUCACCCAGUCCAACGGAUUCCUACACGAAUAACAAUAGGUUAACCGCAAUAGUCAAUGGCCAUCAUAGUCACGAUAAUAAUAUUAAUAAUAACAAUAACAACAACAACAGUAAUAAUAAUAAUAAGAAUAAUGCGACGAGCAUCAAACAAACUGAAAUUACGAGGUCCGAGAUGUACGUUCCUUUGUCGAGUCCCGGUACGGAGUAUUGGCAUGCGAGAAAUCCGGUUGCCGAUCAAGUCUUUAUAACGGACGUCACCGUGAAUCUUAAAACGGUUACCAUUAGAGAGUGUAAGACGGAAAAGGGAUUUUUUCGCGAGAGAGAUCCCAAAAGCGACAUUUAUUAACCCUUUCUAUGAAAAAAAAAGGAAGAAACAGAUACUUCCUUUGACUUGUAUUAAAUCGCUGUAAAUACAUAAAUUAUUUUCACACAUCGAUUAUUAUGUGUCUGCGUAAAUCGUUAUCGACCUCAUCGUCGUCGAGCGAUUAAAAAAAAAACUUACUUUUUAACGAUUUAAUUGUAUAAACUCACGGUUGCGUUAAGAGACGUUUAAUAAUAGAAAUUAAUAAAUCGAGAGACGUCGUAAUUUAUGCUUUCUCUUGCUUCUUCGUACGCUGUAACAAUCACGAAAACGGUUUUUGUAAUUACGUUAUUGUACAUUGAAUUUUUCUUUUUUUUUAUUUUCUUUUAAUUCUGGCAGAAACAUUAGCCAUUAUAGAAAGUAUGUGUGUGAGAGUAUGUGUUAGCAUGUCCGUGAAAUUGCAGUACGAUGGUAAAUAAUAAUAAAUAUUCGUGCAACACCGUUAUCGAUAAAAAAGGGAAAAAUAAAAACGACAUUGUGAUCGCACGACAAAUUUGCAAAGAGUAAAAACAUUAAUGAAAUGAUGCGCACCGUCGAGUUAUUAUGAUACAAUACGCACUACAGUGCAUGUUUUGAAACGCUUUAUAGAAUUUAGCUGCUCUAAAAAAAGAGAGAGAAAAAACAUAAGUAUAAUGUGCGUUAAAUGAUACACAAUUGUGUAUAAUUAAUCGUGAUUAGUUUUUAUUUGCGUUUAGAAAUGGAUUUUCUAUAUUUGUUUUUCUUUUUUUUUUUUUCUUAAAGUACGCGCAAUUAAACUGAUUUAUAUCUUACGAAUACGAAAAAUUUUCUUUUUUGUCUUUCUUAUUUUUUUUUCUUUUUUAAAAUUUCUUUUUGGUAAAACGUGUUCUUCGAAGGAAAUAAAUUUUAUAUCGUACGUUCUCGUCUAUUUCUCAUUUGCGUUACAUUGUAUUAGUUGAUUCGCGUUUUGUAUUUUUUAAACGGACAUAUUGCAGAUGCACUUAGUCAAAAAAAUACAUAAAUCUGGGAUCUGUUACGUUAACAUAAUAAGACUAUAUAUUCUUAGGGCAGAUUCCAUCGUAAAAUUAGAUUAAACGCUACCGUGAGAUCCGUGCUUUUCCUUUAUUUUUCUUAAAUCGGUGAAGUUAGAACUGAAAAUUCAGUGCAAUGUAAAAAGCAGCAACUAAAUAUACAUCGACACGCGUUAUUUUGUUCGUCAAACGUACUAUACGACGGAUGUAUAUUUUGAAUGUAAUAGUAUAGUAGCGAGUAACAUGCGUAGAAUACGCAGGCAACUGUGUCGAUGAGGAUCAGUCACACACUCGUGUGCAUUGCUAUAUUCAAAAUAUAUGUUCACUGUAACGAACAUUUGAUGGAUAGCGAAAUUCUGUACGUCACUUGCUGCUCAUCUGCAUUGGACUUGGAAGUUUAAUAAGUUUAUUAUAACAGCCGAUGCAUUUGUUUUAAUGAUAAAAGUUUCUUGUUUUGAAUUCAUUCGAAGGAAACAUAUAAUUUUACGUUUAGGCGCUUAUUUGUAUUGAAAAAUAUAAUAUAUAUAUAUA